CUGGAACUGACAACGUUCGGCAAACCUUAGGAGCACAGUACAAGAUAUUGUGGAGGAGGCUUUCAAAGGAGGUGAUCAAAUCUCCUGACCUGGACCAAAAUGGGGACAUGUUUUGAAGAGUUGAGAAUAUGGCGGAAGAUCAAGAAGGCACGGCAAUCCAAGGGCAUGUUGGUGGUUGUUGUCUAUAUCGCACUCUUUCUGGACUAUAUUCUGCUGACUGUUGUUGUGCCCAUCAUCCCCAGUUUUCUGUAUGAAAAACAUCAAGUAGAAUCUAUUGCUGCAACAUCACCAGAGCUGCCAUCCACUCCACCCUCUGUCUUUUCUCAUCCUAACCGCAAGGAAUUUGCUCUCGAGGGGAACACUACGGUGGCCGAGGUUGGGCCCAGAGGUUCUGAAUGGAGUAAUGCAACAGGGGUGGCGACUCCUGAUGUGUUGUCCGCCCAGUGCCCCAGGAAUGAUUCGUUUCUCGACGAGGAAAAUGUUCGCUUUGGACUGUUACUGGCUUCCAAAGCCAUUGUGCAGCUGGUGGUGAAUCCAUUUGUUGGGGUACUGACCAACAGAAUCGGAUACAGCAUUCCAAUGUUCACGGGCUUGCUGAUAAUAUUUGUGUCCACAAUAAUGUACGCUUUCUCGAACACCUACAUCCAGCUAUUUGUUGCUCGAUCUCUUCAAGGAGUUGGCUCGUCGUGUUCCUCUGUGGCAGGGUUGGGAAUGCUGGCCAGUAAUUACACUGAUGAUGAUGAAAGAGGCAAAGCCAUUGGAAUAGCCCUGGGAGGAGUUGCACUGGGCGUCCUCAUUGGAGCACCUUUUGGAAGCGUGAUGUAUGAAUUUGCAGGGAAGUCAUCUCCUUUCCUGACCUUGGCUGGCUUGACUUUACUCAAUGGAGGUCUCCAACUUUGGAUUCUACAACCCACCAUGCCUACCCCAGAGAGUCAGAAGGGCUCAUCGCUUUUCACAUUACUGAGAGACCCAUAUAUUCUGAUCGCCACUGGAAGUUUGAUUUUCGCCAACAUGGCGGUGGCGAUGCUAGAGCAGGGCCUGCCCCUAUGGAUGAUGAAGACCAUGUGUUCCCCUAAACUACAGCUGGGUCUGGCUUUCUUGCCCUCCGCCAUUGCCUACCUGCUGGGCACAAAUCUCUUCGGAGUCCUUGCCAACAAAAUGGGCAGGUGGCUGUGUUCCCUGAUUGGAAUGGUGGUCUUAGGGAUCAGCAUAAUCUUAGUUCCUUUUGCAACGAGCAUCUUUGUGCUGAUAGCGCCUGGUUUUGGAGCAGGCUUAGCUAUAGGGAUGAUCGAUGCUUCGAUGGUCCCCACGAUGAGUCACCUGGUAGAUAUUCGUCACGUGUCCGUGUAUGGAAGUGUUUUUGCCAUCGCUGAUGUGGCGCUUUGUAUGGGGUUCGCUAUUGGGCCUUCUCUUGGAGGUGCUAUUGUCAAAACGAUCGGAUUCCAAUGGGUGAUGUUCAUCAUCGGGGCCAUCAACAUUUGCUAUUCUCCACUCUGUUUCAUCCUAAGGAACCCACCCGUCAAUGAAGAGAAAAUGAUGAUUUUGAACCAGGACCAUACAGCCAAUUGUUACACUUCCGAGAGGUUCGGUCAAGAUAUUCCGAUGGCAGGAGGCACUAAAUAAAGUCAGUGCGAUGGUGGUCAGAAAAAGUCUUGUAACCCUAUUCGGCCA